UUGAAUGCCUUGGCCAACAGAGCAGCUGGGAAGGGUUAUGAAAAUGAAAACAACUAUGCCAACAUUCGCUUCAGGUUCAUGGUCACUGAGAACAUCCAUGUGAUGUGGAACAGCCUGCAGAAACUCUUAGAAGCAAACCAUCCUGUGGCAAUGGAUCUUGUAGAGAAGAACAUUAAGAAAAGAAAAUAUAGUGAGGAUUUUUUACAGUAUGGUUUUACCUCAGUAAUUACAGAGGGAAUUGAGAAACCACAAUGUGUUAUUUGUUGUGAAGUUCAAUCAGCCGAAUCUAUGAAGCCAAACAAACUAAAAUGCCAUUUUGAUAGCAAGCAUCCGAGCUUUGCCAUCAAGGAUACCAACUAUUUUAAAGGCAAAGCUGAUGGACUCAAGAAAGCCAGACUUGACACUGGUGGCAAAUACUGCAAACAAAACAUAGCAGCCGUUGAAGCUUCAUAUUUGGUGGCACUCAGAAUUGCCAGAGCUAUGAAACUUCACCCCAUUGCUGAAGAUUUACUGUUGCCAGCAGCCAAAGACAUUGUUCCAGUUAUGAUCAGAGACGAAUUUGUUACAAAAUUGAGUGCAAUUUCCUUAUCUAACAACACUGUCCUCAGAAGAAUAGAUGACAUGUCUGCUGAUAUUCUUGAUCAGGUAAUCCAGGAAAUUGAAUCUACUCCACUUCCAAUAUUUGGUAUCCAGCUUGAUGAGUCUACAGACGUUGCAAUCUGUCAGUUACUGGUUUACAAAGCAAGACCGCAGAUCGAAGCACUUUUCAGCAAUAAAAGUGAACUGCAGAAAAUAGCUUAUUUGGUUGACAUCUGUUCCUGGGACAGCACAAGAGAGUUCAUUGAACUUAUUAACAAUGAUGCAGCGAGAACUGAUUUCUCUACAAUGCCAGUUACAAAAUUCUGGAUCAAGUGUUUGCAGUCAUAUCCUGUUCUGUCUGAGACUGUGUUGCUCCUCCUUCUUCUAUUUCUAACAACAUAUCUUUGUGAAACAGGGUUUUCCAGCUUGUUGUCUAUCAAAUCUAAAUACAGAAGUAGACUUGUUGUGGAUGAUGAUCCUUGUUGUGCUCUUGCAAAGACUGCCCCGAGGAUUUCUGAUCUGGUGAGAAAGAAGCAAUCUCAACCUUCACACUGA